AUGGUAACCACUUCCAACAAAGUUUCAGUGGUCCAACAGUCUCACGGGAUGCACCCCCUGACGUCCCUCCUGCCCUACAGCAACGACCACUUCAACCCCAGCCCCCCCCACCUGCCCACAGACAUGAGUCAGAAAGGCAUUCACAGGCCCCAGUCCCAGGACAUCUCAGGCUUCUACUCCCUACCCCCUGGCGGUGUAGGACAGAUGCCCCCCUCCAUGGGCUGGCAAAGUCAGCCUGUCUAUCCCCUGUCCUCAUGUGGAUUCAGACAGCCCUACUCCUCCAGUCUCCCCAACAGCUCUUCCUACCCCAGGUUCUCUCACUCUCUGAUGCUGGGGCCAGGCAUGCACCCCACGGGGAUCCCCCACCCAGCCAUCAUGCCCCCUUCAGGCAAACUGGACCAUCAUGACCAUUACGACAGGAACAUGUACGCGAAGCCUCACCAGGAGCCCAAGCGGGAGAAGGAGCCCAAGAAGCCGGUGAUCAAGAAGCCUCUGAAUGCUUUCAUGCUGUACAUGAAGGAGAUGAGGGCCAAGGUGAUCGCUGAGUGCACACUGAAGGAGAGCGCUGCCAUCAACCAGAUACUGGGCCGAAGGUGGCACGCCCUGACCCGGGAGGAGCAGGCCAAGUACUAUGAGCUGGCCAGGAAGGAGCGGCAGCUACACAUGCAACUCUACCCCAGCUGGUCCGCCAGAGACAACUACGGCAAGAAGAAGAGAAGAAAAAGAGAGAAGCAGCAGGACUCCUCAGCAGACCCUGGCUCUCCUAAGAAAUGCAGAGCUCGCUUCGGCCUCAACCAACAAACGGACUGGUGCGGUCCCUGCAGGUAG